AUAUUGUCAUCGUUCGCGCCAGAAUCGUUAGAAAUGUCAAAAAUGUUAUUUUAUUGUUGACGAUUAAACAAGAAUUCUAACGAUUGAAAUCGUAUUUCACUGCUAUUAAUAGAAAAAUAGACAUGCCUGAAGAAGAAUCAUCUGGGACCGAUCUCGAAAGACUUCUAGAUCAUUUGGACGAUUACACAUUAAACGUGCACAAUUACCAAUCUAUACAAAAUGCUUUGGAAGCAGAAAAUAGCAUUGAAAUACCUGUGCUUGAAAAGUUGCUUUCGAUUUGUGCGCGUGACAUGAAAGAUGAUAUGAAGAAUUCAGUCAAUAUGCUAAAUAUAUUAGCAACCACAUUAAAAAAAAUUAAGACAAUGCAGUCGCUGCCUGAUCUUGUGCCUUCAGCAAUAGCAGUGUUGAAUAUUUUAAAAACAACAGCCCUAUUUAACAAGGUUGAAGCAUUAAAAACUCUAAGUUUCGAGAUAAUCAUGUCCUACCCAGAUGAGACCCUAAUUUGUAUAUCUGUAAAUCAUUCUUCUGAAAUAAUGGAGCUACUCAAUCUCUAUUGUCAUCAGCGAAUUCCUCUUGAGAUAAGAUUGCAGCCCAUUAAUAUUAUUAUCAAGUUACUCAAGAUUUUACCACCUGAAAAAAAGACAGUAUUUGUAAAGGAAGGUAUCAGCAUAUGGUUUUCAAAAAUUGUACCCACCAUAGUUAGCGUGAAUUCUUCAAUGCCACAUGUGUUAGAAGCUUUAGAGUUGUUGACGGAAGAACUUGUUCACAUUGAUUAUGCAGAUAAUCCACAAUGGAGGGUAGUUUUAGAAUGCAUUUACACACCACAAAAAUACCCAGCCCUGAUGAAGAAUCUAUUGGAAAUAGGCAAUGACAACUGGCAUAGACUUUGGAUUGUAUUUAUUAAACUAUUAAAGAAUCAAAUAACAAAAAGUACUAAUACAGUCGGAAGUCCAAUUAAUUCAAUGCUGCCAGUAGUCGAAAUGGCCUUUAAAAUGGAUGUUACAAACAGAUGCAGAGCUUUCACAUGCUGGAAUGUUCUCAUAGACAAUUUUUCCACAGAAACAAAUGAGGUCUACAUAAAUAAAAGGAUCAAAUUGUUAAUUAUUCCAUUAACAUCCAAUAAUGCGAAAGUUGAAGAGACAGCUAUUGCCAAAUUGAAAACUUGGUGGCAUUUAAUGUCCCGCUUUUAUACUAGAAUGGACAAGUUCUCUGAUAUGAUCCUUAUUCCAUUCUUACAUUUCUGCUUUGGGAAACCGGUGGCUUCGGAUAAACCUAUGAUUAUACCGGGAAUGAUUUCUGAAGCAACAAAAGUUCAAGUUGUGCAGGCAUUUAUUAAUAUAAUUGGACAUGAACAUUGUGAUGGAUGUGUUGCAUUGCCUAAAUUAAAAGGGAAACUGAUAAGCACUAAACUGCUUGUUAGUCACUGGAAAGAUUGGAUUCAUGCUCUGAACAUUGUUAUUCCAUUUUGUGCAGAGAGUAGUGAAUUUACAGAGCAACAUAUCAAAUGUUUUUGGAAAUCUUUUAUAAUGACUAUUGGAGAGCUUGCUGAGAACAAUAUCAGACGAGAUGUUUUUAAUGAAGUAUUAGGCCUUAUAAAAAAACUAACAGUGGGUUGUCAUGACAAUCUUGCUGAAAUAAUAUUAAACAAUCUAAUACUUAUUCUAUUUGACAAGGAUGAUAAAAUAAAACCUCUUUUGAAAGCUAAGGAUGAGCAAAGUGCACCAAUCCACAAAAUAAUUACAAUUAUAUUAAAAUUGCCACUCUCCAAUUUAGAAAACAGACUUUUGGUUGUUCAAAACUUCAAAGUAUUAUGUAAUUUUUUGGUUGAAGAAGCAUUUAAAACGUCCAGCCAUACUAUUGAAUGUAUUUUAAAAUAUUUACCACCAAAUGGCUUUCUACUUUGGAUAGCUUUAGCAGAUACUACAAGUGAAUUACAUUACACAUCAUGCCCUCGUAUGUUGUGUCGUAUGCUCCUAUGGCCAUUCCAGAUUAUGGAUCUAUUUGUCAAUGAGCAAUUGGCUACAUUGGCAUGGCUAAAAAUGUAUAAAUGUGUAUAUACUUCGUUACAUAUGACAAAUAUAAAUGAAGAUAUCAUUAAAACACUUGAAGUGUGCGACAGUGACAAAUCCUCAAAUACAACUAUAUUGAAUGUAGCAAUUGUUAUGUUAAAUCAGAAAAUACAAGCAGGCGAUGAUUCAGAAUUCAUAAAGGAAGCAGAAUUUUUAUCGAAAAUAAUGGGUAAAAUUGAUGAACUUAAUAUAACAUCAAUAUUUCCAUCAUUGGCAGAAGUGAUUGUUCUCUUACUUGAAAAAUUGUGCCAAAAUACAAAUGUCAAAGCAGCUAAAAGUGCUAUAUCAAUAUUUGCCUUCAUUUUAAAAUUGUGCCCACAAUCAUCCAAUGACUGUGUUAAUGAGGAAGAUUUCUUAAGCCAGCUAGAACCUAUUUUCAAUGCACUAGAAUCUGUAUUAAAAGUGGAAGCCUACUCGAAACUUAAAUCUGUUUUACUGGAUCCACUAAAGAAUUGUGCAUCAUACCUUAAAAAUCGAGAAGUCUUAAGAGGUCAUGUACUUACUAUAUUGAAAAAUGUCGCAAGUAAUGAAGAAAAUAUGGAAAUCAGUGUACAGGAUCUUAUUAAGGUUUUCGAAGAUGAAAAAGUUUCAAAUGUGGUUGUAGAAAAUGGAUUAAUAAACCAGUCCUUAGAAAAAGUUAAUUUUACUACACCCAGUAGUAAAACUAUUACUAAAAAACAUAAGAAAAAAGAAAUUAAUAGUGUAAAUACAGUUAUGGAAAAUGGAGAAGAAUAUAUUGUUGUUAAAUCAAGCUGGAAAUUUAAUCCAAGGAAAUUAACAGACAAUCAAAAAGAGAAAUUUCAAAGGAAACGAGAAGACAUACCUGCUUUAUAUCAAGACUUGUCUCAAUCUCAAGACGAAUUUAAACUAACAACUUGGAAAACUGACUCCCAAGAUACAACAACUACAACAAGUAAAUCAACAAGUGAGCAAGGAAAAGAAGAUGUUUCAUCAAUUUUAAAAAAUAUGCCGAGCUCUGAAUUCGUACCGAAAAUUCUAGAAAAUAUAAUGGGAAAGGAUAAAGUUGAAAAUGAUCAAAAGAGUGCACCAGCUAAAGAAAACACUGAGACUGAUAUAAAUAAACAAGAAACUAAGAAGGAUGAAACCAAUAAACAGCAAUUAACAGUUAAAGAUACAAAAUCACCACGACUAGCUUUAAAAGACCGCGUAUUUCGUAAUGUCCGCAAUUUAAUUGAAAAGUCUAAUUUAUCAAAAGAGACUAAUGAAGUAAAUUCUAUCGUCCCCGAAAAUGGAUCAAAAACACCGUUGAUGAAAGUAAAACCCGCAGCAAAUCUAACCAAUUCUGCCCCAACAUUAAUUUGUGUUGAUAGGCCAUCCCGUGUUAAAAGAAAACCUAAAAAAUUCGAUGAUUUAGAAGCGUUUAGUCUAAAGAAAAGACGCCAUUCUUCUGGUCAAAAUGAUUCUCCUUCAGAUAGUGAGAUAAUGGAGAGUAACACUCCACCAAAUAUUUUAAAUGAUCCAACAAAAGAACCCGAAAUACCUAAAGUAGACGAAAAUCAAUCAACAGAAAUUAGUAACCACGAAAUCCAAAUUAAACUUAUAGAAUCAAAACCAUCCGAUAAAGAAAUUAAUACCGAUGAAUCUUUAAACCAGACAAAUAUAUCUAUUAGUGAAGACAAAAAUGAUGUUGAUGACAAAAGUAGUGAAUUAGACAACAAAGGAAAGGAGACACGAGAAGACAAACCUGUUGAUGUGCCCAGUGAAAAGUUUUUCGAAACACCUGGUGAUGUUGAUAACAAAGAUAAAAACUCGCAAAUCAACACUCCAUCUGCUGAUAAAAAUAAAUUACCAGAUGUGCAAAAGUCAAGUAAAAAAUCUGUUACAAAAAAAUCUCGAAUAGAAAAGGAACUAGCAAUAGAUAUGGUCGAAGGUCAUCCAUUUUUGAAAGUGCAAUCUGAAAAGCGAUUGACAAGAAAAGCAAUUUCUCAUUCUCCUCGUACAAGAAAAAGUUUAUCAGAAAAAUGUAAUAAAAAGAAACUAGAAAUGAAAACUCCAAAAGCAGACAAAAAAGUUAAAGAUAAAGAAAGGUCAAUUUCAAUUAAAGAAACACAAAACACUAAUAAUGAAGACACUAUGGCAUCACAGGAUGUUAUAGAAAGUUCUCAAGAUUCGACAAUUACGACUAUAUCGGUAAAAUCAUGUAAAAGUAUUGGAAAGAAGGUAGUUGAGGCUAUUUUGAACAGUACCAAAUGUGAUAAUGACACAGAAACACAAAAUUUAUUAGAAGAUAGUUCAAAUACUGGUUACACAUCAAAUAUAGAAAGUAAAGAUGAUAUUGAAUUGCCACUUAAUAAAACUGUUGAUGAAAAGUGUUUAAUAGAUUUAACAGAAAAUAUGGACACAGAACCUAUAAAUGCGGACGACGAAGUUAUUAUAAUCAAUGAUGAUGAUGAUCAAUCUAUUCCAGUUAGUAGCGAAGACAAAUCAUUUGAAGAAAAUACACAAAAUACAGCUCUAGCUGAAACUCAAUCACUCGAUCCAUCUAUCUUUAUUAACGAAGGAGAAAACAAUGUACCCAGAGUUAAUAUAGUUGAUGAUACAGUAGAAUCUGCUUUGAAAGAAAAUAGUACAGAAAAUGUAAUAGACAAUGAUGUUACCAAUGCAUCCUUAAAUACAAUCUCCAGUGAGGAAACUAAAACUAUGACCGAGUCAGUAUUAGCUAUAAUUGAAAAAGAGGACUCAAACGCGCAACUUAAAGAUGAAGAAAAAAGGAAGCAAGAUUUUUUCAACAACACAUUAGAAAUUUCACCUAUUAAGACAUUGAGUCCAGUAAGAGAUAAGAAAUCUCCAUCUCCUGAAACUAGCAGCGAUUAUGUCGUAAUAAAACUAUCAUCGCCAGUGCAAAGUAACGGAGAACCUUUUGAAAAAAUGGAAUCGCCUGAAUUCUUUACAGAAGAAAAAAUAUCCCCAGAUAAAAGAGAUCAAUCGCCACCCAGAGAAGAGGUGAGCGUGACAAAUACGAGCCCUAGUUCAAGCCUAUCCUUAAAGAAGAAUAGGCCGCAAGUGCGUUCAGGUGGUCGAGCUGCUCAAAUGCUAGGCCUAUGUGUCCCAGAUAGACUUCAAACAAUAAUGAUGUCAGAUAAAUCAUUGGAUGGUGAGGAGAAUAAAAAGAGCCCAUCGCUUAAUACGUCUGCAAGACGUAAUUUGAGAAUUCUUUACAAUAGCUCUACUGGAGAAACAAAUGAGAAUUCAGAUGAACAGGAAGAUAGUGAAAAUUUUCUUAAGUUUAAGAGAAAUUUACCAUCAACAGAUUGCAGUCCUUCCGGGCCUAUUUUAAAAAGAAAACUAAUUGAUAUUACAGAUGAAACUACGGCUUCACCGGCAAGUAAAAGAAAACGAGUAAGCUUCCAUGAUCCACCUGUUUCCACAACUAUUUGCGUCAAAAAGUAUAUUGAACCUGGCGGUGUUCGUUCUCCACAAAAUUCUGCAAUCAAACGACAAGAGAGACAAUUGCGAUCGCAAUUGGCUACCAAAUCACCAAAGAGACUUGAAAAUGUGUUCAAAUUAGACUCUGUUUUGACAAAAGCUGUGGAAAGUUUCACUGAGGCUAAUGUAAUAGUUAAUACAAAUGAAGAUUCGGAAAUGAGUUCCAUAGAACAAACACCGAUCGUUCAAGUCAUUAAAACCACCGAUUUAAAUGACACAGAUCCAAUCUGUUCAAAAUUAAUAGAUUGUAAGGACCUCAUUUCAAAUAUUGCCAGUGAAUUAUCAUCUCCGGCUAUGAAAGUUUUAUUGAUCAAAGAAUUUGAGGGAAAGAUUAAUACUGUAGGAGAUUUAGCAAAGUUAACUGAACUUGAAAUUAAUAGACUUUGUAUAAAAGCACCUAAAGUGCAAGUUGCCGAAAAAGUAUUAAGUGACUACUUGAAGAAAAUACAACAAGUUGACGAAGAAAUGUCGCCAACUAUUGAAGCUGCUAUGAACGAAUCUUCUAUAACUGAAAACAAAUUAUCCAUCGAAAUGCAGACAAAUGAAGUUGUUCUCGAAAAUAUUGGAAUGCAAACGGAUGUGUUAGAUUUAUCAUCAGACAGUACGCAGACUGACUCCAUAUCAACGAACCAUUCCAGUUCUCAGACAGAUGAAUCAGGAAACAAAACGACGGAAGAAAUUGUAACAUCAUGCUUAUCAGAAAGAACAGACUUCGUUACGAAUCUAUGUGAAAAAAUGGAUGAAGCUUCUAAGAAAAAGAUUGUUGACAAUUUGUCCUUCAAUGCUUUAACUGAAUUGUUAGUGAACAAAAUGACUAAAUCCAAUUCUGAUGUCCUUUUGAACAAGGUGAUAGAACAAAAGAGUACACUUGAACCAUCAAAUAAAAACAUUAAGGACAGAAGACUCUCUAUCGUUCAAGAUUAUCUCUGUGAAAGGUUUGAAUCAAAGGACUUGAUUUUAUUUUGUAGUGAUUUGUUAAAAAAAGUAUAUGAAAAACCUUCUUAGAAUUAUUAAGUAGCUCUAUGAUGGAGUCGAUUGAUUUAUAUUAU